GCCCCGGGGUCCCCUGGAGGGUUAAUCCGGCCAUGGUUAUAUUGCAGUAUGUCUGCCAAAAUCUCUGUUCUUCUUUUCAGUUGUGGGAGUCGAAGCUGAUGCAGACAAAGACAAUGGAAGACUUCAAGAAAAAUGACUUCGACUACUGGUCCAACUUUAUGAUGCAACUCCCAGCCAACUACUGCAAGACUGACCAAGAACCCAGAUCUGGUAUCUAUUCAAGUCAGCACACUCACUGCUUACCAGACAAGAAAAGCUCUGAGUCCCUUGCUACUUUCACCCUUCCUGCUGGUUUGACCUACCCUGUGCAAAUACCAGCCGGAGUCACUCUGCAAACAUCUACAGGUCGUCUAUACAAGGUCAAUGUUCCAGUGAUGGUUACCCGGGCCCCAGCAGACUAUCAACCCCCAGUCAAUCCCACACAGAAGGCAGACCCAAACGAACUUUUACCAGAAAGUCAGGAGAACUGUCUUCGCUGGCAGCACCAUGUUCCUCUUUCUGCGGGCCCACAACCUCAAGUGUCCUGCUCUUUGCAGCCAGAGGACACUCUGGAAAAGAGCAGGGCCUUUCCAGAACCUAUCGACAUGAAUAGAGCUUCAUCCUCUUCCACACACUUGCAUGUAGAGGCUCAGAAUACUUUGACACCGGUGCCAGAGUCUCAAGACCGCGAGAUGGCUGAUGUCCCGAGAAAAGUAGUUGGGGGGGAGAAGGAUGAGGCUGUAACUGCAAGAAGUCUGGCCCCUCCGAAGACUGAUAAGCAGCCUGAAGCUUUUGUCAAGGUGAAUUUGGACCUCAGCUGUAACGAGUUGUCGGACAUAGUCCAACUCGAUGGUCCACCGGGCAGUUCUGAUAUUGAAGAGGGGGCCCCACCAGCAGAGAGAGUUGAUUUUCUGGAUAUUAUCAAUGCAGAGGCCCUGCAGGAAGUUGAAGGAAGCAGCGACAGCGUCAUCACUUCCUCCAGCAGUGAUAGUGAUGGAGUGGAUGAGCAUACCAGUGCAGAGGAUGAGGAUCCCUUGAAUUCAGGAGAUGAUGUGAUUGAGCAAGACAUCCCAGGUCUGUUUGACACGGACAAUGUGAUCGUUUGCCAGUAUGAAAAAAUCCAGCGCAGUAAGAACCGGUGGAAGUUCCUUCUGAAGGACGGCGUGAUGUGCUUCGGAGGCCGGGACUACGUCUUCUCUAAAGUUGUAGGGGAGGCAGAGUGGUAAUGAGCUAAGACUUUUGUUCCCCAAAUGGAUCAAGUGGGCGGAGGGGGCGCCCUUGAGUAAAUUCAGAUUUAGGUUGGUGGACUUGUAAAAACAGGAAACUUACAUUAAACACUGGUGCUCAUAAGUAGUUUAGGUGAAAACCGGUCCCACACUGUCCUGUUUGAGAAUCAGUGUAGGUGGCUUAAAGAGACGUGCACCUUGGACUUGUUCCGUAAUAUAUUUUUGUUAUGUUGUCUUCACACCUGUAACAAAGCACUACAUGACCUGAGAUGUAUUUUCCUUGUCAUGGUUACGUGGCCUGAAAGCUAUUUUGAGUUGCAAAUGUCACGUUCCUCCCAUCACAUAUAAAAUGUA